GAGUCUUAGCUUUAUAACAUCAAGAUGUCAAAACUGAGAUUGUUACUUUGUAUUCAAGUUGGGACAAUGUGUUUGUUUUUCAAAGUAUUCCUUACGUUGAACUGAAUAGUACGCUGAUUGUAGAAAUCAAAGAAUUUCACUGGUUUAUCUUUGUGAGUGCGCAAGUCACGUUUUUAUAAUGAAUUUGACCUAGCUGGAGCGGGCAUUCGGCUGUUCAUACAGUGUUGUUAAUUAUGUCGAUUCCUAGAAAAAUUGCAAUUUUUGGUGCCAGCGGCCAGAUAGGAAUCAAAGCCACAGAGUUCGCUUUAGAACAUGGCUGCCAGGUGCGAGCAUUGUUGAGGGACCCAGAGAAACUGCCAGAAGCGUUAAGGAGUAAAGUUGAGGUGGUGAAGGGGGAUGUCACUAAGGAAGAGGAUGUGAAAGCAACAGUAGCUGGACAGGAUGCUGUUGUUGUAACACUGGGCACACGGAAUGAUUUAAAACCAACUACUGUCUUAUCUGAUGGGAUGAAGAACAUUGUUGCAGCAAUGAAGCAGCAAGGCGUCCAGCUUGUCUCUGUCUGCAUUUCAGCAUUUUUGUUUUAUGAGCCAGAAAAAGUGCCAGCAAUCUUCCAUGCAUUAAAUGCUGAUCACCAAAGAAUGUAUGAUGUUCUGAAGGAGAGUAGUCUGAAGUGGAUUGCAGUUCUGCCACCUCACUUUACAGAUGAACCAAGCAGUCACUACAGUGUCAAGCAUGGAUCUUCACCUGGCCGUGCUAUUUCAAAACAAGAUCUUGGUGCUUUUAUGAUUGAAAGCUUAUCAAACCCAGCGCAUUACGGCCAAACAUGUGGAAUUGCUAACACUCCAGAGGCAGGAGAUAAAUAAUUAUAUUGUUGUUCUAUGUACAAUACAACUUUGUCAAAUAAUGAAUGAAAUACGGCUGUCAAAUGAGGGGUUAAGAUUGAGUCUGAGUGCAUUACAUACUGUUCAGCAUUAAUUUUCAGUUAAGAGGAUUAUUAAAAGACAGUCACAUAUAGCUUUCAGGCCAGAAAACCUUGGCUUGCAGAUGUGCCAUUUUUAUCAUUGGUUCAGGUUUCCAGCCCGAGAUGCUGGAGUGUGUACACGAGGUGUGAUUGCUUUUUUUGUGUGUGUGUGUGUGUCUUUAAGGAUAAAGGGUGCAGCCAAAAGCUAUCAUGUCUGUCUGCCUCUUGAUGUGUCUUCCUUACGGUAAGCAGCAAUCUGUAUUGUCCUACAUUGUUAUAACACAAGUUUGUUAUUCUGUAAACAGCACUGGUAACAAUGUAUGACUGGAUAGGAGUAUUUUUAUGGAAUGAAAUUCAAUAAUUUUAGUGGGCAUUGUAACUCAACAACUGGAUGUUAAACAGUUUUUGAUAUUGCAUGAAACAUCGAUGUUUUUUCGUUUCUUGUGCUCUUGGUUGUAAUUUUCUGGCUCAUUAUGUAAUCCUUUGGCUUGUAGAUGAGACAUUUUUAUAAUUGGUUCAGCUUUCCAGCUGUAGAAAUAACCCCAAUAUAAAUUUCUAUGUGUGAAGGUGAAAGCAUUGUAUUAUAAAUAAACCAAAAAAGACCUUAUUAAAAAGAUAGAACAUUUA